GGGGUAUAUAAAGCGUGAGGGUGCCCGCUGCUCCUCACCAACACUCCUGCGCUAACCCCAUAUUGUUAGACGCUGCUAGUGUGUCCUCGCCCCCCCCCUGUCCCCUUCCUCGUGACCAACAACACACAAAAUGCGUGAGUGCAUCUCGAUCCACGUGGGGCAGGCCGGCUGCCAGAUGGGCAAUGCCUGCUGGGAGCUGUACUGCCUGGAGCACGGCAUCGCCCCUGACGGCUCCAUGCCCUCCGACAAGGCCCUCGGCGCCGGCGACGACUCCUUCAACACCUUCUUCAACGAGACCGGCGCCGGGAAGCACGUGCCCAGGGCGGUCUUCGUCGACCUCGAGCCCUCCGUCGUCGAUGAGGUGCGCACGGGAACCUACCGCCAGCUAUUCCACCCCGAGCAGCUCAUCAGCGGCAAGGAGGACGCCGCCAACAACUACGCCAGGGGACACUAUACCAUCGGCAAGGAGAUCGUCGACCUGGUUCUUGAUCGCGUCCGAAAGCUGGCCGACAACUGCACCGGCCUGCAGGGCUUCCUCGUGUUCCACUCGUUCGGCGGCGGCACCGGCUCCGGCUUCACCUCGCUGCUGAUGGAGCGCCUCUCUGUGGACUACGGCAAGAAGAGCAAGCUGGAAUUCGCCAUCUACCCCGCGCCCCAGGUGGCCACCGCCGUGGUGGAGCCCUACAACUCCAUCCUCACCACCCACACCACCCUGGAGCACUCCGACUGCGCCUUCAUGGUUGACAACGAGGCCAUCUACGACAUCUGCCGCAGGAACCUGGACAUCGAGCGCCCCUCCUACGCCAACCUCAACAGACUCAUCGGCCAGAUCGUGUCCUCCAUCACCGCCUCCCUCAGGUUCGACGGCGCCCUCAACGUGGACCUCACCGAGUUCCAGACCAACCUGGUGCCCUACCCGCGCAUCCACUUCCCGCUGGUGACCUACGCGCCCGUCAUCUCCGCCGAGAAGGCGUACCACGAGCAGCUGACGGUGGGCGAGAUCACCAACGCCUGCUUCGAGCCCGCCAACCAGAUGGUGAAGUGUGACCCGCGCCACGGCAAGUACAUGGCCUGCUGCCUGCUGUACCGCGGCGACGUGGUGCCCAAGGACGUCAACGCCGCCAUCGCCUCCAUCAAGACCAAGCGUUCCAUCCAGUUCGUGGACUGGUGCCCCACGGGCUUCAAGGUGGGCAUCAACUACCAGCCGCCCACCGUGGUGCCCAACGGCGACCUGGCCAAGGUGUCCCGCGCCGUGUGCAUGCUGUCCAACACCACGGCCAUCGCCGAGGCCUGGGCGCGCCUCGACCACAAGUUCGACCUCAUGUACGCCAAGCGCGCCUUCGUGCACUGGUACGUGGGCGAGGGCAUGGAGGAGGGCGAGUUCUCCGAGGCGCGCGAGGAUCUGGCCGCCCUCGAGAAGGACUACGAGGAGGUGGGCCUGGACACCGUGGCCGACGACGAGGAGCAGGGCGAGGACUACUAGAGGGCGCCUCCGCGCCACCACGCCCACGCCCGUGGCAGGGGGCGCAACGCCCCCCGCCAGUGGUUCAAAGCUUUACUUUAUCAUUAGGCAACAAAACAGACCAAUCAAAAUUUAACAAAGAAUAAAUUAUUUUUUGGCAAA